AUGAACAUGGUGCGACACCUCGUUCCUGUCGCUCUUCUCCUCAUCGCUGCCUUCAUACCUCAGUCGACGCAUGGCGCCGAAAUUUCUGUCCGUAUCGAGAGACACUUUCCAUGCUCAGCAAGCUCAGGGCCGAAAAAGGAAAAUCUGCUCAUCAAAUUUCCUUCAUACAAGACCGCUGGCGUUGAGUUCCACGAAGAGACCAAUGCUCAGGGUCACAAGUGCUUUCGAAUGAGUGGCGGCAAGGUUGAGGUAUUCCCGCCAGGUCUCAAUGGUGCCAAAAAGUACUAUGUUCAUCUGGAAACACGUAUUGGAAUACACGGAAAACCGGAAAGAUGCGUGAAUGCCGAUAGUAACGGAUGCGGUGGAAUUGGAUCAUGUGUUCACUGCGACAUCUGCCAAACGAUGGGUGGCUCACUGAAGAAUUUCGUGCAAAUCUUCCAAGGGAACAAACCGGCUCAAUGUUCCAGCCAGGAGAUUCCUCUGGUUAUAGCCGCUCGCAUCUUCGAUCGUCCAAUCAACCAUCUGAGUCCGAAGGAAAUGAAUGAUUUACUGCACGACUCCAAAGAUGGAAUGAUCGGAUGCCACUGGAUUUACGCCACAGUUUCACAGCAGAAUUGA